GCGCCGCCGACUCUUAAAGUUUGUCGGCCUGCCCCGGAAACAUUACAUCCCCCUGGGUCGCCAUGGGCAGCAAGAUGGCGGCGGCCACCCGGGUCGUGCAGGUGAUGGCUGAACAAACUUCUGUGAAUGUAAUCAGACAAGAAUGUGAAUGUUAUUGGUCCACAAGAAAUUAUUAAUAUGAGAAAUAUGAGAAAAACCUGUAUGAACUGGUACAGAAUGAAGAAUCAACCAGAACAACACUACAAUGUAGUCAAGCCACAUAGUCCAUUAAUAAGGUUUCCUGACAGAAAAGGCUACCCCAAACUGAAUGUACCCGAAUCUUUUACAUCAUCUGUGCUUCCAUCUCACUCUUCUACAAUGUCACAACAUUCUUUGGGUGGUAAAUCAUCAGGUUUGCCAAUGAAUCGUGGUCCACCAGAUUCUGCUGAAAUAGUAAAAACAUUACCUCAGAAAUAUAGGAGGAAAUUCAUGUCUCCAGAAGAGAUGGAAUUUAUUCAACGUGGAGGUCCAGAGUAAUCACUGACAAGCAUAUUAUGAUUGUCAGACAAGAGAGUGGUUAUCUUCACAAUAAAGGCCUUCAAAAAUGACAUGUUAAACUGUAUAUGAAACCAAUUUAAUAUAAGAUGCUGUAUAAAAUGAAGAGUUACAAAUUUAGAUAGACAUUUAUAUUUCCUAAUUUGUUUAAAUCAGCUUGUCUAUAAAUUAAGCUGAAGGUUUGAGUUAUUUCUUAAAAGUAUAGGAUUUUUUGUAAUUUAGAUAGCAUAUUAACUUUUGAUUUUCAAUUAUUUCUAAUAUUUAAUGUUGCUCAGGUUUAAUUUCCGGUGACCUUAAUUUCCCAUAAUUUUUCAUUGUAAGAAAUGGAAAGUACUAGUUAGGUAGAAUCAUUGUUUUAGGAGAAGAUACCAGAAGUCUUGAGAUCAGAUGAGAAUCGGUGUUAUGCUAUUCUGAAGGAUAAAAUUGAGAUAGGAUAGGUCACUGUUGGUGAGAUUGGGAUAAUAAUGAAAAAUGAUGAUGAAUAAUGAAUGAUAAAAUAAUCACAGUUAUCAAACUUCUGUUUGUCAAAAACCGUGAAAUGACAAACAAAAAAUGAAGUGGAAGUAGGGGGGAUAUGUUUUAAAAGGUUUUUUGUGUGUGUUUUAAGAAAAGAGAAAGUUCCUGCCCUUUUGAGUUUAUGUUUUGAUUAUGUAUUGUGAGCACAAAUCAAAUUAAAUAUUUAUUUUCCCACUUGUCCUUGUCAGAUAUUGGUUAGUGUCUAAAAGUAUUGAUAUAACAUUUCUAAUAUAACAAAGUUUUAUAUUUGGUAACAAUAAGGAUUUUUUCCACAAAGGUUAAAGUAUGACAAAUAUCUUAUUGUUGGGGAUCUUGGCUCAUAAAACUAAAUUCCAUUCCGAUAGUCUAUCUUUGGUAAACCAAAAUGAUAAAGCUGUUUUGUAUUGGUAAACGUUUUGAAGUAUUGAUUUCCAUAUAAUUUGUGAGCAAUGAAUAGUAUAUCACUGCUGAGAGCAAUUUAGUUUUGGUCAGCUAGGUGGCUUAGUGCCAAGACUGGAGUCAGGAAGACUCUUCCUUUUAAGUCUCAAAUCUGGCCUCAGAUACUCACUAUCUGUGUGACUCUGAAGAAGACAUUUAACAGUUUACCUCAGUUUCCUCAUUUGUAAAAUGAGCUGGAGAUAAAAAGGACAAACCACUCUAUAUCUCUGCCAAGAAAAACACUAAAUGCAGUUAUAAAGAGCUGGGCACAAUUGAAGACAUCUGAACAUAUUUGGAGUUUAC